CGCUGAGAUGACCUACCGAGCACCGAAGCGUCUCGCGUCUCGCGUCCGCGGAUUCUGAGGGCAAAUAACCGCGGAGGAGCGCAUCCGAAGCGGCUCGGGUCGUUGUUUCACUGCGCGGAUCGAAAACUACAUCCAUCCAUCCAUCAGUCGCGGAGCGUGAGAUGACAAAGUGAAAGAACCUGGAGAUGUCUCAGAAGAAGAUAUUCCUAGUAUUGAUUGCAAUCAGUACGGUCAGCUUGCUUCUGCACCAUGGGGGUCACUUGAACUUGACGCUGGAGGCAUUCUGGUUGGGCUGUCCAUCCUCCAUGGCCUCCUCAACCCAGGGCAGCAGUGGACCUUCUGCUAAACACACCAGUGUAGCCUUCCUUAAGACGCACAAAACGGCCAGCUCCACUGUGCAGAACAUCCUCUUCCGCUUUGCUGAACGCAACAACCUCACUGUGGCGUUGCCUAUUACCACCUGUGACCACCAGUUCUGCUACCCUCGACCGUUCAGUGCCCACUUUGUUCACCCACACACCACGCCACCUGACAUCAUCACCAAUCACUUACGAUUCAGCCGGGCUGAGCUACGACGCCUCAUGCCCAACAACACAAUCUACAUCACGAUAUUGCGGGAACCGGGAGCAAUGUUUGAGUCUCUGUUUACCUACUUCAAUCAGUACUGUCUUAGCUUUAAACGUGUCCCAAAUGGCUCUUUAGAGACUUUCCUGGACCACCCUUGGAGCUACUAUCGUCCAGAAGAGAAGGAUUCAAUGUAUGCGAGAAAUACACUGACCUUUGACCUAGGCGGUGAUAAAGACCGGCCAUCUUCAGAGGCGCCAGGAUAUGCGAAACGAUUCGCUGCAGAAAUGGAGCGAGUUUUCUCGUUAGUUAUGAUCUCAGAAUACUUUGACGAAUCCUUGGUGCUGCUCCGCCGCUUAUUGUCUUGGGAUCUCGACGACGUUUUGUACGUCAGUCUCAACAUGCGCACACCUGACUCCAAGAGCAGCCUUUCCAGUGAAAAUACGGCCAAAAUCAGAGCCUGGAAUGCUAUAGAUUCGGAACUGUAUGAUCACUUCAAUGCCUCGUUGUGGCGACAGCUGAGAGCAUUGGGACUAGUGUGCGUUGAGCGAGAAGUCCAGCUGUUGCGUCAGUCUCGUGACCGACUUGUCCGCAGCUGCUUCGGAGGGCAUUUGCCACCGCUUCGCUCUGCUGCACAGAUCACGAAUAAGGAAUUACGGCCUUGGCAGCCCAGUGCCAAAGUGGAAAUUGUUGGGUAUGAUUUACCAGUUAACAUGACUCAAAAAGGCCAUGUUCCUCCACGAGAUGAGUGUUUAAAGAUGGUAAUGCCAGAAGUGCAAUACACACGGCUGUUGCUGCGCUCAGAGUCCCUACGUUAUCGAAAGCGGUUUCCAUUACGUAGCUCCCAGCAGACUUUACGAACCGUGGGACAAGUACGGGCACACAAAGAAUCCCCAGCUCCAAGUUUGAAUCCGCGACCCUCAGAGUCUAUGGCUCGGAGCACCAAAGGAGCGCUACGGCUUUCCCAAUAACCAGUGUGAAAGGAUAGUUAAACUUCUUUUCUUUUAUUCCCCGUUCCUUGCAGCUAAAUGUCCAGAGAUGUUGGAAUUACUUGAAAGCUUGAGGUCUUACCUCAUUUGUAUUGGAUGUGAGCACAACCAAACGUACGCUCACAGCUCUUGUUCUAAAAGUAGAAAAAAUAUUUGUGUUUCUCAAAUUAAAAUGUAAAAUG